GCGCGCGACGUGCCGUCAGACGCACCACACCAAGCCGCGCGCGGCCGUCGUUAGUGUGUCGGCGUACGGCGGUCCGGGCACACGCACCGCUUCAGACCGUCACUCGUAGCACGGACCACGACGCUGUCCCUCAACCCCCCUCCCCCUUGUGCACACCAAGUCCCCUAACUGUUAUCGUCGCAACCGCAGGGAGGCAACGCAUUUACACGCUACGAAUCUCGUACUGCGUUAUUGGAUUGAUAACGACGACGGUAAUAAUCGUAAGAACGCGUUCACGUGUCCGUCUUUUUGCAGCAGCAGAAGCCGUCGUCGUCGACGAUAAUCGCCCGAGGCUCCUCUGUCCCCCCACACCCCCCUCCCACAGCUCGUUCUUCCGUGUUGCACGUCGCCGUUCGGCUGUCGUCGCGCGCACGCGCCCGCGGAUGGUGUUGUCGGCUCGCCGCGUCGUUGUUGGCCGUCAUCGCGGUAGUGUUGGCGACGGAUACGGCGGCCGCGCAUCGGCCACCGCGGACGCGAUAGUGGCGUGCGUGACGACGCGCGCGACCGGCUGCAAGGUCGCGCACCAUGCGACGCGAUGCGGUCAGCCAGCUCCGAACUGUUGCUGGACACCAAGCAGCAGCAACUGCGCAAGAAGAAGCUAUUGGAAUUAGCGGCGGCCAAGAAGCAAAAGCGCGGCACGCCGCGGACGCUGCGCGAGAAGGUGUGGUUCUACUCCACGCUGUCGUUCGCCAUGAUCGCCGUCGGCUCGGGCUCCGCGCUACUGUUCUUGGUGCCGCUGUACGUGGACCCGGCCGUGUCCACGCUGCUGGCCGACUUCGUGCCGGAACCGGUGCAGUGCACGACGGUGCGGCGCGAACAGCUGACCGGCCUGUACAACUGCACGUGGAGCUCGUGCCGGGAGGGGUGCACCAGCGACGUGUACAACUGCAAUCACAUAUACGUGGAGUACAGGACGGCCGGUGGCGGCGCAGGCGGCGCGGCCGGUGCCGGUGCCGACGCCACCGGUGGCCUCAUCGUGUCCGAAGCAGUGCUACUGGUCAACAUCAAGGGUUGCGGGUACCCGCCGGCCGUCGCCUGUUCCAAUUUUACCAAGGCGUACGGCAGCGUGGGCGCUACGUUCCCGUGCCACUAUUCCCGGCAGAAUCGCACGCUGGUCGUGAUCGACUACGACAAGCGGCAGCAGUACGCCGACAUCGUGCACUACUUCGCCGUCCCGUUCACCAUAUGCAUCGUCACGUCCAUCGUGCUGUGCGUCAUGCACUGCGACUGUCAGACGGCCGCCGUAGCCGGCCAACCGGAACCGUCCAGGAGUUCCGCCGGACACUCGCACACCGAAGGAUACAGCGAUCAUUCGAUAAGCACUCGUGUAGAACGAUUGGACGAAGCAAUAAUGGAAGCGUCCAGAGAAUUGGGUGAGCCAAGCGGAUUAUGACAAUACUCGGAAACGAGCUGCUGAGUACGUGAAACUCGACACAUAACGCAUUAUAAAUAUUAUACUGUCAUCACGUCAUCUCACGGUAUUCCGAAACAAACGCGCCAAUUUCCACAUGUAAUACGUCCAAGAAACAUUGCAUAAUAUUUUCAACUCGAGUCACCGUUGUUAUACAUUAUGAUAAUAUAUACUAUAUAAGUAUUUGUACAAUAACAAAAAGAUUGUACAGUUUAAAGUUAUUAAGUUUUAAUUUUUUUGAAAUGCAGUUAAAUUAUAUUAUUAUC